CGGGAAUCCGAUUCCUUCCAAUCUCUUUCUCUGCAUAAGAAGUUGGAUUGGGCAGAGCGCGCUGAACCAGACCCAACUCGCAAAAUCGGAUCCCAUUCGCUCUUCCUCCACCUCCUGCCGCUGCUCCUCCGGAAUUGGUAUACAUAACUCCACGGCGCAGCCAUGGAAGGAGAUAAGAAGGACAAGCAUGAGGAGAAGGACAUGGUGCUGUUCCCAACUAUGAUGCAUGGUGGCGCAACGAUGGAAGGAGAGAAGGACAAGCAUGGGGAGAAAGACAUGCCGGUCCCAACCAUGAUGCAUGGUGGUCGACAUGGGCAUCCGCCGAAGGGAUAUGAAUACCCUCCUCUAGGUUGCCCGCCACCUAGGGUACCCUACCCUUGUCCUGACGCAUAUCCUCUGCCUAUUGUAUACCCUCCGCAAUACGGGUACCCUUCCUACUACCCAGCGCGGUACCAUGGCUGCAGGAGCUGUCAUGGAGGACACAUGGGACCAUGGCUACCUGGAGGAUAUUGGCUCCCUCAUGUUGGGCACGGAUGCUACUGUGGACAUACGGGAUAUGGAGGCUACGGCAGCACUGGCCAUGGGCACCCCGGUUACAGACAUUACCACGGUGGGCAUGGUUACGGCCACCACGGCAAGUUUGGUUGAUUUGCAAGGCUGAAUGUACUCCAAAGUCCAUUGCACUGGUAGCUAAGCUGCGACUCUGCGAUGUACUCCGAGUGAGUAGUAGGCUCUCAGGACAGCUAUGCAUCACCUUAUCCUACCUACCUUCCCUUCGAACUCUAGCUACGCUUAAUAUCUGUGUGUCGGAGUGAUGCUAUGCUUUGCUAAAUAAGGAGUAACAGAGUACAGUUGGUGAA